AAAUAUUGGAGCAGUACCUAAGCAGCAUUCAUUACAGUGGCACAGCGUUGAACAGCGCCGACCUAUCGCCGGGCAUCGGCAUCUACAGUACAGCGGCAUCCACCAUCACAGCCAACCGCCCGCUCCGGCUUACGGCGCAGCUUACCGCGGGUUUUAGCGUUCGUCAUUUGCUCCGCAUCGCGGUCGUUUGUCACGAUCAUUACAUGGCUUUGUAGCUAGACGAAAGGUUCUCUUCAUCUUUCCUCAGCUUUCCCAGUAUUUAUUCCAGGUAAGUGGCCUCUUUUUGUAGGCGUUCCUUUCCUUCGCCCACACUCGUCGUCGUCGUUUUGAAAUCUUCAAAAUGAUGGGACUUGGACGUCUGCUGGCCGCCACGGCCUGCGUUGCGCAACUAGCCUCUGCUUUUGCGCCCCUGACUGUCCGGAACCUUCGCUUGUCGUCAGAGAGCGAUCUUGCGCUGGAGCCGGAGGGUGAUUUCACCAUCCAGGAGAGCACCGACCCCACGCUCCUAUACCCUGCCCGGACCAUCAAGGUUCCCGUUGACCACUUCCACAACGACACCAAGUAUGAGCCGCAUACCAACGAUACUUUCGACCUGCGCUACUGGUUCGACGCGACCUACUACAAGAAGGGAGGUCCCGUCAUUGUUCUAGCUGCCGGUGAGACGAGCGGCGUCGGACGUCUCCAGUUCCUCCAAAAGGGCAUAGUAUACCAGCUCGCCAAGGCGACUGGUGGUGUUGGCGUCAUCCUCGAGCACCGCUACUAUGGCAAGAGUCUGCCUACCUCCGACUUCAGCACGAAGAACCUGCGUUUCCUCACUACUGAUCAAGCGCUGGCCGAUACCGUCUACUUUGCCAAGAACGUCAAGUUCGCCGGUCUUGAGCACCUGGAUCUGACUGCGCCCAACACUCCCUACAUUGCAUACGGAGGUUCGUAUGCUGGCGCCUUCGUCGCCUUCCUGCGCAAGCUGUACCCCGAUGUUUACUGGGGAGCCAUUUCCUCGUCCGGUGUCACUGAGGCCAUCUAUGACUAUUGGCAAUACUACGAAGCCGCGCGGAUCUACGGUCCUAAGGAUUGCGUGACUGCUACCCAAAAGUUGACCCACGUUGUCGACAACAUCAUCCUCAACAAGGCCAAUGCCAAAUACGUGCAGAAGCUCAAGGAUGCAUUCGGUCUCGGCAACCUCACCCACACCGAUGACUUUGCCAACACCAUCAGCUUCGGCAUCGCAGGACUGCAAUCCACCAACUGGGAUCCCGCGUUGAACGACACCUCAUACGGCGAAUACUGCAACAAUGUCAGCUCCAAUGCGCUGCUGUAUCCCGAGACAGCUCGCCUUGAGAAGGACGUCCAGGAGCUCUUGACUGUUGGCGGAUACGGCAAGGAGGUCAAGACGCUUACAAAUCAGUUUUUGAACUACAUAGGCUAUGUCAAUGUCACCUCAGUCCAGUCGUGCGACGGGGAUCAGAAUGCCUGCUUUACCUCCUAUGACAGUGAAUUCUACAAGAAGGACGAUCUUAAGCAGACGUGGCGCUUGUGGCUGUAUCAGGUCUGCGAUCAAUGGGGCUUCCUCCAAACCGGGUCCGGUGUCCCGCACAACCAGCUUCCGCUGAUCUCCCGCGCCAUCGACCUUAAUUACACGUCCAUCGCCUGUCGCGAGGCCUUCAACAUUAACAAGCCUUCGGAUGUCGAGUCCAUCAACAAGUACGGUGGCUUCGGCAUCAGCUACCCGCGCCUGGCCAUCAUUGACGGCGAGAAGGACCCCUGGCGCGCGGCCACCCCGCACGCCAUCGGUCUCAAGGAUCGCAAGAGCACCAUCAGCGAACCCUUUAUCCUGAUCAAGGACGGCGUGCACCAUUGGGACGAGAACGGCGUGUUCCCCAAUGAGACCGCCCCCAACUUCCCCCCUAAGCCGGUGGAGGAGACGCAGAGGGCCAUCAAGAACUUUGUGCAGGCUUGGCUUCAGGACUUUAAGAAGAGCGGGCAUGGACAUGGACAUGGACAUGGAAGUGCCGGCGUCCAUGAUGAGCAGCAGGUUUUAGGGGACUUGUGAAUUUGUGAUGGAAAGGCAUGAUGAGCGGGAUCAUUCACCGAGCGAGCAUGUUUCUUUGGAUACAAAGCAUCUGGAUAGCAUUGAGCGGAAAGGGUCUUGGAUACCGUACACAGGCUCAUGCAUACCUUAUGUAUGUCGAUGUGUACAUGUACUCAAUACACUUCUUUGUAUUUCUUGUUAC